AUGGUUCCCACAGUUAAUUUCCCUGGUAUACCUGCUGCCUGCCUCCACCUGCUGUCGGACUCGCCUGCUGCACCUCCUCCAGUGAACAACCCUAUACCUUCCAAUUUGAAAUCUGAAGCAAAAAAGGCUGCUAAAAUUCUAAGAGAAUUCACAGAAAUAACUUCCAGAAAUGGACCUGAUAAGAUCAUCCCUGCGCACGUCAUCGCCAAAGCCAAGGGCCUCGCGAUCCUGUCGGUGAUAAAGGCUGGCUUUCUGGUCACGGCGAGAGGAGGCAGCGGGGUCGUGCUGGCGCGCCUUCCGGAUGGAAACAUGACGUCAAAAUGCAUUUGCCUUGACUCUCAAGAGCCAACAUUUAUCACAUUUGAAAUGUGUGUAGAAUGGUCUGCGCCUUCAGCCAUCGGGAUAGCUGGGCUUGGUGGCGGAUUUGAACUAGGAAUAGAGGUAUCGGACUUGGUGAUAAUUUUGAACUAUGACAGAGCCGUAGAAGCUUUUGCAAAAGGUGGUAACCUAACACUUGGCGGGAACCUCACAGUGGCCGUUGGGCCCUUGGGAAGGAAUUUAGAAGGAAAUGUCUCCCUAAGAAGCUCAGCUGCCGUCUUUACUUACUGCAAGUCAAGAGGCCUCUUCGCCGGCAUAUCUUUAGAAGGCAGCUGUUUGAUUGAGAGGAAGGAAACUAACCGAAAAUUUUAUUGUCAAGACAUUCGAGCCUAUGACAUUUUGUUUGGCGAUAUCAUACGGCCUGCUGAAGCAGAAGACCUUUAUGAAAUUCUUGAUUCCUUUACUGAGAAGUAUGAAAGCGAAGGACAGCGAGUCAACGCCAGAAGAGCCGCCCGGGAGCAGAAGAAGGCUUCGGCUAAAUUGCCUCCGAAACCAUCAUCAAGACCACAGCAAUCACCUGCACAAGCACAGCUGAGUUCUGGCUCUCAAAGUAGCAGAAACGAGUAUAAUCUGUAUCCUGAACUUUCCAGCUAUCGUGAGAGAGUUGGCAAGUCAAACCAGCCCAUAGAAGUGACAGCGCUAUAUUCUUUUGAAGGACAACAGCCAGGAGAUUUGAAUUUUCAAGCUGGAGACAGAAUCACAGUUAUAUCAAAAACAGAUUCACAUUUCGACUGGUGGGAAGGAAAGCUUCGAGGUCAAACUGGCAUUUUUCCAGCCAACUAUGUUACCAUGAAUUAA